ACUCCCCCCUCCCCAAUCCUCGUCGCUCGCUCCGAGCCCCGCAACGCACAGAGCGACGCGCACAGUGAGACUCACACACACACACAGAGACUCUCACACACAGAGAGACACUAUCACACACACACAGAGACUCACACACACACAGAGAGACUCACACACAGAGAGAGACACUCUCUCACACACACAGAGCCGCGUGCAGCAGAGAACUUCAGGCGAGAGACUCGCGCACACUGGGCCCAAAGGUCAGACCCGUCAAGCGACCAGCAACAAAGCGGCACUACCCAAGUUGGAAUAGACAAAGACACGGAGUGGGCUUUCGCCACCAACAUCAUCAUCAUCCAUAAGAGGACGCGGCCACUGAGAGCGACCGGACGGACGGAGCCGCGAUGGGGGUCUCUGCCGCCAUCCUGGCGGCGUCCGCGCUCCUGGCCCUGCUGGGCCCCGUCUCCGGCGAGCCGGAGAUGCCCCACGGCUGCGCGCAGGGCAGCUGCUACCCGGCCACGGGCGACCUGUUGGUGGGGCGCAGCGACCGCCUCGGGGCCUCCUCCACGUGCGGCCUCGCGCAGCCGCAGCCGUACUGCAUCGUGAGCCACCUGCAGGAUGAGAAGAAGUGCUUCACGUGCGACUCGCGCGAGGAGGUGGGCGGCGGCGGCAACGGCGCCCUGAGCCACCGCGUCCACAACGUCAUCACCGCCUUCGCCCUCGACCGCAAGAAGGCCUGGUGGCAGAGCGAGAACGGCGUGGAGAACGUGACCCUGCGUCUCGACCUGGAGGCUGAGUUCCACUUCACCCACCUCAUCAUGACCUUUAAGACGUUCCGCCCGGCGUCGCUGCUCAUCGAGCGCUCCGCCGACUUUGGCCGCACGUGGCAGAUCUACCGCUACUUCGCCUACGACUGCUCCGCCGCCUUCCCCGGCGUGGCCAUGGGGCCGCUGCGCCGCGUGGACGACGUCAUCUGCGAGUCGCGAUACUCGGACAUCGAGCCGUCUACCGAGGGGGAGGUCAUCUUCCGAGUGCUGGACCCGGCCAUCAAGAUCACCGACCCCUACAGCCCGGCCAUCCAGAGCCUGCUGAAGAUCACGAACCUGCGCAUCAACUUCACGCGGCUGCACACGCUGGGGGACAACCUGCUGGACUCGCGCGUCGAGAUCAAGGAGAAGUACUACUACGCGCUGUACGAGCUCGUCGUGCGCGGCAACUGCUUCUGCUACGGCCACGCGAGCGAGUGCGCGCCCAUCGACGGCGUGCGUGGGGACGUCGACGGCAUGGUGCACGGGCGCUGCGUGUGCAAGCACAACACCGAGGGGCUCAACUGCGAGCGCUGCGAGGAUUUCUACAACGACAUGCCGUGGCGCCCGGCCGAGGGGCGCAACACCAACGCCUGCAAGCGCUGCAACUGCAACAACCACGCGGUGCGGUGCCACUUUGAUGGCGCGGUGUUUGCCGCGACGGGGAACGCCAGCGGCGGCGUGUGCGAGGACUGCCAGCACAACACGGCCGGGCGCAGCUGCGAGCUCUGCAAACCCUUCUUCUACCAGGACCCGCUGCGCGACAUCCGCGACGCCGCUGUCUGCGUUCCGUGCGACUGCGACCCCGACGGCUCGCUGAACGGGGGGAUGUGUGACGGACACACCGACCCGUCGGCGGGGCUCGAGUCCGGGCAGUGCCGCUGCAAGGCGCACGUGGAGGGACCCCGGUGCGACCAGUGCCGGGCGGGAUUCUAUGGACUCGACGCCGAGCAGCCCGACGGAUGCCAGCCCUGCCACUGUAACCCGCUGGGCACGGUGGGUGGCGCCGCGGCAUGCGACGCCAUCACGGGCGACUGCUACUGCAAGCGUCUCGUCACGGGGCGCAGCUGCGACCAGUGCCUGGCGGAGCACUGGGGACUGAGCCACGACGGGAGCGGGUGCCGCCCGUGCGAGUGCGACGUGGGAGGCGCCGUCGACAACCGGUGCUCCGUGGAGUCGGGGCAGUGCCGCUGCCGCGGCCACAUGGGCGGGCGGCCGUGCUCGCGGCCGGACUCGGGCUUCUUCUGCAUGGCGCUCGACCACUACACGCACGAGGCCGAGACCGCGCUGCCCGUCGACUCCAACGGCACCCCCGGGGGGCUGGCGGAGUCCCUGCUGACCCCCUCGUUGUGUGAGGAGCGAGAGCGCGUCAAGCAAGGCCUCCCGACAGGCCGGGGACUGGCGCUGGUGCCGCGGGCCCCCACGCCCGGGCGCGCGCCCACGUGGACGGGGCCGGGCUUCGUGCGGGUGCCCGAGGGCGGCCGCCUCGAGUUCCGCGUCUCCGACGUGCCCCACUCCAUGGACUACGAGCUGCUCAUCCGCUACGAGCCGCAGCUGCCGGAGGAGUGGGAGGUGGUGCUGGUGACGGUGCUUCGCCCCAGCGAAAUCCCCACGCACUCACCGUGCGGGAACACCAUCCCGGCCGACGACCACCUCGCCGUGUCGCUGCCGCCCGGGUCACGCUACGUGGUGCUGCCCCAGGCCGUGUGCCUGGAGAAGGGAGUGAGCUACGUGAUCCGCGCGGACUUCACGCGCUACACGACGCACGAGCACGCGGAGAGCGCCCACGUGCUCAUCGACUCGCUGGUGCUGCUGCCGCUCUACACGUCGCUGGAGAUGUUCUCCGGGGACGAUCGCGAGUCGACUCGGCGGCGCGAGAACUUUGAUCGCUACCUCUGCCAGGAGAGCGGCAAGGCCGUGAUGAAGCAGCCGGUGACGGAGGUGUGCGCCGGCCUCAUCUGCAGCCUGUCGGCGCUGCUGCACGACGGCGCCCUGCCGUGCCAGUGCGACCCGCAGGGUUCGCUGAGCUCGGAGUGCGACCCUAACGGGGGUCAGUGUCAUUGCCGCCCCAACGUGGUGGGGCGGCGCUGUGACGCGUGCGCGCCUGGGACCUACGGCUUCGGGCCCAGCGGCUGCCUCUCGUGCGAGUGCAGCGACGAGGGCUCCCACCACGCGUUCUGCGACGCGCGCACCGGGCAGUGCCGCUGCCGGCACGGCGCGUACGGCCGGCGCUGCGACCACUGCCAGCCGGGCUACUGGGGCUUCCCGGCGUGCCGGCCGUGCCGGUGCAACGGCCACGCCGAGGAGUGCCACCCGGUCACCGGGACGUGCCACACGUGCCGCGAGCACACCGCCGGGGAGAGCUGCGAGCGCUGUGCGGAUGGUUACUAUGGAAACCCAGUGCUGGGCUCGGGCGAGCAGUGCCGGCCUUGCCCGUGUCCUGGCGGCCCCGGAUCCGGGCGUCACUUCGCCAGCUCGUGCCACGAGGACCCGCACUCGCAGCGCGUCGUCUGCAGCUGCCGUCCAGGAUACACCGGCUCGAGCUGCGAGGAGUGCGCCCCCGGUCACCACGGCAACCCGCACGAGGCGGGCGGCUCGUGCCGGCCCUGCCGCUGCCACGGCAACAUCGACCCGACCGACCCGGGGUCUUGCGACCGGCGCUCGGGCGUCUGCCUCCGCUGCCUGCACCACUCGCACGGGCCCGACUGCGGCGCCUGCCUGCCCGGUUUCUACGGCAACGCCACGCAGCAGAGCUGCCAACGCUGCGCCUGCAGCCCAUACGGCGUGGACCCGCGCCGCUGCCCGCCGGGCGCCGUGUGCGAGUGCGACGCGGCGUCGGGGCAGUGCCCGUGUCGGCAGCACGCGCUGGGACGCGCGUGCGAGCACUGCGCGCCCGGCCACUGGGGCCUGGCCGAGGGCGAGGGGUGCCGUGCGUGCGCCUGCGACCGCACCAAGGCGCUCGGCGACGCCUGCAACGAGUUCACAGGGCAGUGCGAGUGUCAGCCGGGCUUCGGGGGCCGCUCCUGCACCGAAUGCAUGGAGAACUUCUGGGGCAAUCCCAGCGUCGAGUGCAUCGCGUGCCAGUGCGACGCGCGCGGGAUCUCCACGGCGCAGUGCGAGCGGGCGACGGGGCACUGCGUGUGCCGCGCCGGCGUGGCGGGGGUGCGCUGCGACGCGUGCGCGCGCGGCUUCUCCGGGAGCUUCCCGCACUGCGAGCCCUGCCACCAGUGCUUCGGGGACUGGGACCGCAUCGUGCAGUCGCUGGCGGAGCGGUCGCGCGGCCUGGCGGAGCGCGCCGCUCGCCUCGCCGAGUCGGGAGCUGUCGGCGCCUUCGGGGAGCAGUUUGGCGCCCUGGAGGAGAAGCUGGCGGAGGCGCGGAGGAUCGUGGAUGGGCGCGUCGCCACGGCCCUCUCCGUCACCGCCCUCAUCGGCUCCAUGGAGGACAUCCGGAAAAUGAUCGAUGAGCUGACGAACCGGCUGACGCCGCUGGAGAUCGACCUCACGGAAAGCCAGGACCGGAACGCCAACGCCACGGGGCGGAUCGCGGAGCUGGAGCGGGACGUGCGGCGCCUCAACCGCACCGCCGGCGGCCUGGAGCACCAACUGGAUCUCAUCAAGAACUCCAACUACCGCGGCGCGUACGACAGCGUGCGCCAGCUGCACGCCGACUCGCUGGCGGCGGAGUCGCGAGCCAACGCCUCCGUGACGGGCUCCGGGAGCCCGCUGGGCCGCUCGGCCGACGCCCGCUCGCGAGCCCGGGCGCUGCUCGACGCCUCGCGCGACGAGUUCCGCCGCAAGAGCGCGGCCGGGCGCGACGCGCUGGAGACGCUCGCCGACGACGUGCGUUCGCUCAGCCUGCGCACCGUCAGCGAGAAGGUGUGCGGCUCCCCAGGUGACGAGCCGUGCUCGGACUCCCCGUGCGGGGGGCCCGGGUGCCGGGACGAGGACGGCUCCCCGCGCUGCGGGGGCCUGGGGUGCAACGGCGCCGCCACGGCCGCCGCGGAGGCGCUGGAGCGAGCGCGCAACGCCGACCUGGAGAUCCAGCAGGCCGCGGCGCAGGUGGAGGAGCUCAACAAGCAGGUCCAAGAUGCGCGUGCGAGGUCGCACCAGGCCCGGGGGCAGGCGGAGGCGGCGCUGGACAGAGCCAACGGGACGCGGGAGCGCGCACAGCGCGCCAACGCCCAGCUCCGCGCCCUCAUCCAGCAGAUCAAGGACUUCCUGCAGCAGGACAGCGCCAGCCCCGACGACAUCGAGCUGGUGUCGAACCGCGUGCUGGAGCUGAGCGUGCCGGCGUCGGCCGAGCAGACGCACGAGCUGGCGGCCGAGAUCAAGCGGCGCGUCGCCGACCUCGCCAACGUCGACGCCAUCCUGGAGCAGACAAGCGGCGACAUCGCCGACGCCAACAGGCUCCUGCAGGAGGCGCGCGAUGCCAAGACGCGUGCCGAUGACGUGCUGGCGACGGCGGAGGGAGUGAAGGGGGCACUGGAGGACGCGGAGAUGGCGCAGAAAGCGGCGCAAGAGGCGAUCAAUCAGGCGAAGGGAGACAUCCAAGGGGCGCAGAACACACUCGCAUCGAUCGCGUCGGAGACGGACUCCGCAGAGCAGCGUCUGCGCGAGGCGGCGGAGCGAGCGGCGCGGAUCGACGACGCCGUCGCGGCGCUCAAGAUCAAGAGCAGCCAGGCCGCCAUGGCCAGCACGCGCGCCGACAAGGCCGCGGGGAACGCCAAGCUCCGCGCCGACGAAGCCAAGCAGAUCCUGGGCGGGGAGCUGAGGGAGAAGUUCGGCUUGCUGGAGACGCAGGCUCGCAGCAAGGCUGACGGCGCCACCACGGCGCGCCAACGAGCCGAGGCCCUGCGCGAUCAGGCCCGCAAACUCCUCACCGGUGCACAGGACAAGCUGCAGAGGCUCAUGGACCUGGAAGAGCAGUACGAGAGGAACGAGCAGGCGCUGGAGGAGAAGGCUCGCUCGCUGGACGGACUCGAGGAGAAGAUGCAAGCCAUCCUGCACGCCAUCAACCGCCAGAUCACCGUCUACAACACGUGCCAGUGAUCGGCGGCACGCACACACUCACCCACACACACACACACGCACGUUCCCACGCGCAAUAGGCAUGCAAUGAUUCAGGAAUCCGUCACUUUGAUUUCGUAAAACGUUUUAUGCGAAGGUUUGUGUUGGGUUACGGUCAUUACGCGUGAGAUGGCACGAACUGGAUGGACGAUUUGAGAUCACAAAUGAGACGGAAGAAUUGAGACGGAUAAAAAAAACAAUCAGUUGGUGAGAACCGCAUCGUGACGGCGAACUCGUACAAUUUAUCAAAUCGCGGGGGAGGUGGGGUAAACUGUUACAUGCCGACUGCGCGCACACGCAUGUUCACGCAUUCGCGCACGCACACACGUGUGCACGUGCUCUCGCAGGAACGCACGCGCGCGCGAUUCGGUUUUGUUGCGGGAGAAGUCCAGAUUUGUUUCGCCCCAGUGCCUUCAUCAGGUGACCUCAAGGCUCCGUUAAACCAGCUAUGUUUAGCAGCCACACCAAUCAGCACGGCGAUCCCACGGAUGUUUACCAAAGCGGUCCGUUUGGGCGGUCGAAAAAAAAAUGUGCCCGGCAGUCGACCAUUUGGCAUAGAGCAGUCGGUGGGGUAAUUGGCAAAUUAGCUGGUUGCCAAGCAACGCCAACGGCAAAGCAUUAUGGGAAGGGACGUGUUGGGUCGCUCUGAUUGGUGGGAUGCUCGUGGCUGCUCAGUGCGUAGACAUUUGAGCGCUGCUCCUCGCUUUGUGCCUUUUCACCGUUACAAUCCACAGCCAGCUGCCUGGGUGACCGAAUAGAAAAGUGAGCAACACAAUGUAUCACGUAGCUGUUUAUGCAGCCAUAACACCAGGAUUCAGAAAUGAUAUUUGUGUGAGGCCCACGUGACGAUCUGGCCACAUUUGUGUCGUUAGGUGGCGGGGAGGGUGUUACCGACACAAAUGUGGCCAGGUCAUCACGUGGCCAAACCCAAAAAUCAAUUACAAAUCGUAACAAAACAAUCAUGAACAACAACGUAAAACAUACAGUGUGCACUAUCAUCACUAAACACACUUGUCGACCGUACAGUUCGCACACAAACACGUGGGUAGCCGUGGCCCGUUUUGCGGGUGCACUGUAUAAGUGUCCACUCGGAUGCCGCGGGUUUGGCGCUUGGACCCGGCGGCAUCUUCUCACUCAACCAGCGCCACCACCACCAGCACAACAAUCACCGCGGCCCGGUCCACGCCGCGCGGUUCGCACAGAGCGACCGUCGUCGAUGUCGCCGCUCGGGCGUCAAUGGAGACGGAGUGCGUCGCUUGAGUCCCAGUUUAAGCGCGGGCAAUGACGACCCGCGUGGAGGCUGUGAAUUUCACGUCGCCAUUCUCCCUUAGUCUGGCUGACUAAUGCCAAACGUUGAGUUAAACGCUCAAGGGGAAUAGAUUGUGGUGUGAGGGGCGCGCAAUUCCCCCUUCGUUAUCGUCAGGUCAGAAAAUCCACGAACCCUUGUCAAUCUCUUCAUAGAGUCAUCCUAUGACUGCAAUUAAAGAGCCGCGCACCCCGUGGAAUAUAUUCGUCACUACUUUCGCCGAUGAGAUGAACACCACCAAUCGUGUCACUCUGCCACCACUCGCUCGACGAUCCCAGCGAAGGUUUCGCGGCCGACGGCUUUCCAAGCCAGCGCCGAAUGUGUUGCUCUGUGAGAAUCGCGAACUGUGGAACCUCUACGCUUGAACCUGCCUCCUAAGCCUCCACCGCGUGCCCCCCCCCCCCCCCCCGUGUAAACGCAGUCAGAAAUGCCAAUACGCAAAGGUGCGCGCUGCCCACAAACGGCAGGAAAGGCGCGACUCACAUCCAAGUGCCUUGGGCGUGGGGGCCUUGUCUCUCUGCGUGUUGUGGUUUCUGGUUCGGGCCUGCACGCGUUUCCCUGUCCCGAUGGGUGCCCCAGCGGUGGAGAGCUGCAUCUGAUUGGGAAAACACGCGUCGCGCGCGGAGGCUUGAGACGCACGCCUGUAGGGUUUUAGCUGUAGCUGUAGUGCGGAAGCGUCCUGACCUGGCACGGCUUCACUCGACCCCGGAGAGGAGGAAAGAUCCCCUUGCCUCAAACGGCCAUAACAACCUGGGCACGCCUGCCUAGGGCCUCGCCUGCUUGUGUUGGGGCCUAGUCGAGAUGUCUAUCUUGUUGGGGCCUGGAAUUGGCGAUGUUGGGUCCAAUUUGCCCUAAAGCAUUUGAUUUUUGUUAAAAAUUCCUACCUCAAUCGAUGGCACCGAACAGAAAUUGGUAAUUGAACACGUAGGCUUUGGCGACCAAUAUUCAUAAUAAAGGUUUUUGGGUUAGAUCACGUAAGUACAAAUGUGUCGUAACCCUCCACCACCCAACACAGCCAGUAAGGGAUUUGUCACGUAAACAAUACGCCAAUUAGUUACUACUUCAGCCCACCGGUGUGUUGGAGAGUAAAUCCACAACAUUUACAAUUUUAAUACGACCUUUCACUGUGUGCAGAAAUUGGUAAUAUGCAAAGAAAAUUUCCCCAAAAUGUUGGCAACUUUCGACCUGCUAUGCCGGGGUGAGCGGGGCGGGGGCAUUUUUGUUUGUUCCUGCGAUAGGUCCCGUUAUUUUCGUUUGAAGGUGGCAACCCAUCGGCACGCAUCAACCACUCAUGCCCCAUUCACCGUCGUCGCUAAGAGUUGACGAUGGUGAGUGGGGCAUUCCACGGCGGCGGUCGGACACCGAUUUUGAGAGUGGCGGGACGCGGGUGCCAGGUCAGGGCGCGGUUAUUGCGGUCGAACGUCAACAUUUGCGGUUGCUGAUGGUCACCGGAGUGUGUGGGGUUUACCCAUCUGUUUUCGUGGUGACCAGGUAAUGGACCUGUCACCUGGGUAACCAGGUGAUGGGUCUAUCGCUUGAUUAAGCAAGCAAUAAGUUUUGCUGCCUGGGUGAUGGGUCUGUUGCCUAGGUAACCAGGUAACGGAUCUGUCACCUGGGUAAUGCUCCUGUCACCUUGGUAAGCGGGCAACUCAUGUGUCACCUGGGUAAACAGAUGAUGGAUUUGUCAACUGAACUCGGUAAUGCGUCUGUUAAAUUGUUAACGUGGUGCACACCCGGUGAGCAGUGAGCUUUCACCGUCAGCGCUGGCGCGGUCGCAAUAAAAGCAAAAAUGAGCAA